AUGGAAGAUAAUGGUAGAAGCUGGAAUGGAGAUCUCUUGAAUGUCCAGUUCAAGCAUGAUGAAAUUGAAGUAAUCCUAAGAGUGAAAAACCUGGAUCCUGGCCAGAAGGAUAGGUGGGAGUUGGAUAUUACUGAGGGUAGUCUAUCUGUUGCUGCUGAAAAGAAAGGGGAGGACAUUGAAGCAGCUGAACACUUAUUUUUCAAGUGUAUGAGAGCUAUUUUAACUUGGAAGUUGGCACUUGUUCAAUGGGACGACACUGAGAAUGAACUUAUUUCCUUCAAACACUGGUGGUGGUCUAUGUGUUCUGUGGACAGGAAAAUCAUUUCAGAGGAUAGAAUUCAACUCACUACAUAUAUCCUCUGGUGGCAUUGGCAAUCUAGGAACUUAUGGAAGUUUAAAGGAAGCCUUAUGACUGAAGUAACAGUUGUUAAUACAGCUGUGAAAGAAUGGGCUGAGUUUAGGGAUAGGCUCGGUCUUGGUUGCAAAAUUGUCGGGAAAAAGGCUAGUGAAGGCAUGGCUCUUAUGGCUUUGUCUCGACCUCUGAAUGCGCUGGCCCUCCGGUCUCCUUGGCAGGUGUUUGUUGUUGUUGGACUGCUCCCGGGUGUUUUGAGGGUGCUAAAAGAAGGUGGCGGCGGACCUUUGCUUGCUUUAAAUAGAGAACACGAGGGCUGCAUUUUGAAUGAGAAGAGUGGAGAGUUGGGGCUCUUAGGUGUUGGGAGGGAGUUGAGGGUUGCUGGUAGUGGCCGUAAAUGGAGGGAAGUGGUUAGGAAGCUUGAUGACCAGUUCUAA